UGCAACCCCCGCGGAGACGCCGGGUUUAUCCCUCAGAGGGGGCGUGAGCGGCCUGUGGCGGCGGGGUCCUAGGCCUAGACGCCAGCAGUCUCUCUUAACCCGCCUUUUUUCCUGCCUGGUGCUCCCUGGCGCGUCCUUGCAGUCGUCAUGGAGCUGGUUUUAAACCGAGCGGAUUAUUUACAGGUGGGAGUGACCUCUCAGAAGACUAUGAAGCUACUUCCUGCCUCAAAACAUAAAGCUACACAAAAGGUGGUUAUUGGAGAUCAUGAUGGGGUGGUUAUGUGCUUUGGCAUGAAGAAAGGAGAAGCAGUGGCAGUGUUCAAGACUUUACCAGGACAGAAGAUUGCAAGGCUGGAACUAGGAGGGGUUCUUAACGCACCUCAGGAAAGAAUAUUUAUUGCUGCGGGAUCUGAGAUUAGAGGCUUCACAAAGAGAGGAAAACAAUUCCUCUCUUUUGAAACAAACCUCACUGAAAGCAUUAAAGCUAUGCACAUAUCUGGCUCAGACCUCUUUCUCAGUGCAAGUUACAUCUAUAACCAUUACUGUGACUGCAAAGACCAACAUUAUUACCUUUGUGGGGAUAAAAUCAAUGAUGUCAUCUGCCUUCCAGUGGAAAGAUUACCUCGUAUUGUACCAAUAUUGGCUUGUCAAGACAGAAUGCUCAGAGUUUUACAGGGAUCCGAUGUAAUGCAUGAAGUCGAAAUUUCUGGCCCACCUACUGUCUUAGCACUACACAAUGGAAAUGGCGGUGACUCUGGAGAAGACUUUUUGUUUGGAACAUCAGAUGGAAAACUUGGGCUUAUUCAGGUCACUACACCCAAACCAAUACUCAAGUGGCAAAUUCAAAAUGAAAAAAAGAGGGGAGGUAUUUUGUGUAUUGACAGCUUUGAUAUUGUGGGUGAUGGGGUUAAAGAUUUGCUUGUUGGGAGAGAUGAUGGAAUGGUGGCAGUAUAUAGUUUUGAUAAUGCAAAGGAGCCUGUUCUACGAUUUGAUCAGAUGUUGUCUGAAAGUGUCACAUCUAUCCAGGGUGGUUGUGUAGGGAAAGAUGGCUAUGAUGAAAUUGUGGUGUCCACAUAUUCAGGCUGGGUUACAGGUCUGACAACAGAGCCAAUUCAUAAGGAAAGUGGACCAGGAGAAGAACUAAAAAUCAAUCAGGAGAUGCAGAAUAAAAUUUCUUCUUUACGGAGUGAGCUGGAACAUCUGCAGUAUAAAGUGUUGCAAGAAAGAGAGAACUAUCAACAGUAUUCUCAAUCAAGCAAAGCAAAAUCAGUAGUACCUUCAUUUAGCAUAAAUGACAAAUUUACAUUAAAUAAAGAUGAUGCCAGCUACACCCUUAUCUUAGAGGUGCAGACUGCAAUAGAUAAUGUCUUAAUACAGAGUGAUGUUCCAAUAGAUUUACUUGAUGUGGAUAAAAACUCUGCUGUUGUUAGCUUUAGCAGCUGUGAUUCUGAGUCAAAUGACAACUUUCUUCUCGCCACUUAUCGGUGCCAGGCAAAUACCACUAGGCUGGAACUCAAGAUUCGCUCAAUUGAAGGCCAGUAUGGCACACUUCAAGCAUAUGUGACUCCAAGAAUUCAGCCCAAAACCUGUCAGGUCCGCCAAUACCAUAUCAAACCUCUUUCACUCCAUCAAAGAACUCACUCUAUUGAUCAUGACAGACCCAUGAAUACACUGAUGCUAACAGGCCAGUUCAGUUUUGCUGAAGUUCACUCCUGGGUGGUUUUUUGUCUGCCUGAAGUUCCUGAAAAACCUCCAGUAAAAUGUGUGACAUUUUACUUUCAGAACACCUUCCUGGAUACACAACUUGAAAGUACCUACAGAAAAGGAGAAGGAGUUUUUAAAUCUGACAACAUUUCUACUAUAUCCAUCCUAAAAGAUGUGCUUUCUAAAGAAGCUACAAAAAGGAAAAUUAACCUCAACAUAACAUACGAGAUAAAUGAAGUAUCAGUCAAACACACUUUAAAGCUAAUCCACCCAAAGUUGGAAUACCAGUUGCUUUUGGCUAAGAAAGUGCAGUUAAUUGAUGCUUUAAAAGAAUUGCAGGUUCAUGAGGGAAAUACAGACUUUUUGAUACCAGAAUAUCGCAGUAUUCUAGAAGAGGCAGAUCAUCUACAGGAAGAAUACAAAAAGCAACCUGCACAUCUUGAAAGACUCUAUGGUAUGAUUACAGACCUUUUCAUAGAUAAGUUUAAGUUCAAAGGCACCAAUGUAAAAUCAAAAGUACCUCUUCUACUGGAGAUUCUGGACAGUUAUGACCAAAAUGCAUUGAUUGCUUUCUUUGAUGCAGCAUGAAAUAUAAAUAAGAUGGAACUGUCUAGAACCAAAGAGGAAUUUUAUUUUUAAAACACAAGUAGAAUGGUUAUAAGUAGGAUUGUAAUGAAUUUUUGGCAAGUAGCUGUUUUAAUUUUUUAAUUGAGAAAUAAAAUUUGGAAAAUAAAAAUAUAUUCAAAUGUUUUACAAGGUAAACACAUAAAUGUGUAAACUUGCUUUACAGGUUUCAAAAUGUAUCCUUAUAUAUUGCCUUAUUUGAUCUUCACAAUUGUUCUAUAAGUUUGUGAAAUCAUUUAAGAAAACUGAUUCUCAGUGAGAUUACAUGAUUAAGAGGAUAUGCUAGUAUUUUAUAAAGCAGGGACCAGAACCCAAGUGCUUGGUACCUGGUUUGUGUCCUGGUUACUAAAUAUGGUCAUCAACCAGUGUAAAUAACCUACCAAUUAUUUUUUCUAGCUGUUAAGGUUGAUUUGCAACUGAUUUCUCUCUUGCUCGGUGUAAUGUUUUAUGACCCUGCUGUGGUUUUGUGAAAUGCUUGACUUGGCUUAGUACUCUAAAUUGUGGCCAGGGAAGUAAGUGAAGCUUGCAUAGAGUAGGGGGAUCUUAAUUUGUGCUGUAACCAGUUGAGCUAUACAAAUGUACUAGAUAUAUGUGAAGGGUACAUAAAUAGUGAUGGCUUCUUAGAUUUUUCUGCACUAGUAGCUUCUUUUUUUAAAAUAUUUAAAUUCUUUAUUUUCAAUUCUUUUUAUUUAUUUUUUUCAUGUAGUUCCAAGGACCAUUAGCAACUGCACUAGUAUCUUCUAAUUCCCUUAUCAUUUACGAAGGAAAAUAUGUCUUUAAGGCUACAGAGGUUUUGUUCAUAAAUUUGAAUUAAUAUAUAUUCAUUUCAAGGGAAAAUAUUUUAAAAUGGCAUAAAGAUAAUGGAAAAUAAACUAUUCUUUAUGUUUUCAGGAGGGCAGACUCACGAAUUUUUCAGAAAACAAUGCUUCAUGAUUAUAUGCCAUUAUAUUUAUUAUGUGCCAGCCUUGUAUAGAAAUAUAAAAA